AAACCUGUGAACCCGGAAACCAAUAUGAAUGUUAGUGAGAUGAUUUCCUACUGGGGUUAUCCAAGUGAAACAUAUGAAGUUGUGACUGAAGAUGGUUACAUCCUUCAGCUCAACCAAAUUCCUCAUGGGAAGAGUGAGACUAAUAAUUUAGCCCAGAAGCCGGUCAUGUUUUUACAGCAUGGUCUGCUUCAAACUGCCAGUGCCUGGAUUUUAAAUCUUCCCAACAAUAGCCUGGGCUUCCUUCUAGCAGAUGCUGGUUAUGAUGUGUGGAUGGGAAACAGCAGAGGAAACACAUGGUCCAGGAAACAUGUGUACCUACACACAGAUUCCAAAAAAUUCUGGGCUUUCACUUUCGAUGAAUUGAUAAAAUAUGAUCUUCCAGCAAGUGUUGAUUUUGUUGUGAAGAAAACAGGACAAAAUCAAAUUUAUUAUGUGGUAUUUUCACAAGGCACCAUUAUGGGUUUUGGAGGAUUUUCAACAAAUCCACAACUGGCUGAAAAGAUUAAAAUCUACUUUGCACUAGCUCCAGUUACCACUGUAAAGUACAUGACAAGUGUUUUUCGUGUUCUUGGAUACAUCAGUCCAUUAAAAUUUAAGAUUCUGUUUGGUGAAAAAGAAUUUUUACCUAAAGCAUUUGUUAGUAAAAUCAUUGCUCAGAAUGUGUGCAACCAAGAGCUACUUGAUGAAGUUUGCAACAAUUUAUUUUCUUUGAUAACUGGAUAUAAUCCAAAAAAUUUAAAUGAGCUUGAUAUAUAUAUAACACAGAAUAUAGGUGGAACAUCAGUUCUCAAUAUGAUACAUUAUCGUCAGUCUAUUAGAACAGGUAAAUUUCAAGCUUAUGACUGGGGAAGUAUCUUCCAAAAUAUUCUACACUAUAAUCAGCCCAUUCCUCCAUUAUACCAUGUGGAGAAUAUGAUGGUCCCAACUGCGAUGUGGAGUGGUGGAAGGGAUAAUUUGGCAAAUCCUAUAGAUGUUAAAAAUUUGGUACCAAAAAUCUCCAACCUCAUUUACGAUAAGAAGAUUCCACAUUACAGUCAUAUUGACUUUUUAUCAGGAUUAGAUGCUUAUACUUAGAUAUAUUCUGAAAUCAUCACAAUGAUGAAUGAAAGUCAAGGAGUUUGA